CGUGGCCUCACACAACCAAAUUGGGGGUGGGGACCAUUGUGGAGGGGGUCGAACCCAAGCGAAUACCAGUUCUUGGUGGCAGUCAUAUCCGACCUCCUAUCACCCUCCAAGCGUUCCCCUCGACCUCCGCCGCCACCGCUCCGCUGCUCGGACUCUCCCGUCGCUCAAGUACGCCGGCGGCUCGACAGCGGCUCCUCGGGAAAAGAAGAGUAAAACACGAAACAAUAAACUUGAAUAUGAGCUCCACUAUAGGUGGAUCGGUAUCCGUGGAAUUUGGAUGCCUUCGGAAGUAUGAGGUGAGGAGAUUGAGCACAAGGCAGGGGAGUGGUCGCAUGUUGUCCAUCAGAGCAUCUGUGGUUUCAUCUCCUGAUACCUUGGAACUUUCAAAGGCAAAUGCAAAACAAGCAGAGAAGAUGGUCCGUGUUGGAGUCUUGGGGGCCAGUGGAUAUACUGGGGCUGAGAUUGUCCGACUCCUAGCAAACCAUCCACAUUUUGGUAUCACACUAAUGACUGCUGAUAGAAAAGCAGGCCAAUCAAUUGGAUCCGUAUUUCCUCACUUGAUCACGCAGGACUUGCCUAAUAUGGUAGCAGUUAAAGAUGCUGAUUUUUCCAAUGUGGAUGCUGUAUUUUGUUGUUUGCCGCAUGGAACAACACAGGAAAUUAUUAAAGGCCUCCCCAAGGGUCUUAAGAUUGUUGAUCUCUCUGCGGAUUUUCGGUUGCGUGACGUCAAUGAAUAUGAAGAAUGGUAUGGUCUGCCUCAUAAAGCAUCUGAGUUGCAGAAAGAAGCUGUAUAUGGGUUGACAGAGGUUUUGAGGGGUGAAAUCCAAAAUGCACGACUAGUUGCAAAUCCUGGUUGUUACCCAACAUCCAUUCAACUUCCUCUCAUUCCAUUGAUCAAGGCUCAUCUAAUAGAACUGAGGAAUAUCAUUAUUGAUGCAAAGUCUGGUGUUAGUGGUGCAGGACGUGGAGCUAAGGAGGCUCAUCUUUACACUGAAAUAGCUGAAGGCCUUCAUUCUUAUGGGAUCACCAAGCACCGACAUGUUCCUGAAAUCGAACAAGGACUCUCUGAUGCUUCAAAUUCUAAAAUAACUGUUAGCUUCACUCCUCACUUGAUGCCUAUGAGCCGUGGGAUGCAAUCAACCAUAUAUGUUGAAAUGGCUCCUGGGGUAAAUAUCGAUGAUUUGUAUGAACAUUUGAACAAUACUUAUCAGACUGAAGAAUUUGUUAGAUUGUUGGAGAAAGGAGUUGUGCCCCACACACGUCAUGUCCGAGGUUCAAACUACUGCUUGAUGAAUGUCUUCCAAGAUCGGAUUCCUGGGAGAGCGAUCAUAAUCUCGGUUAUUGAUAACUUAGUAAAAGGAGCUUCCGGGCAAGCCCUGCAGAAUCUUAACUUGAUGAUGGGAUUUCCAGAGGACACAGGGCUGCAGUACCAGCCACUGUUUCCUUAAGAGUAACUUGCAUGCCUGAGGUAUAAUCCGAGCCCCCCAAAGUUAUCUAAAUUCUAUUUCAAAGGACCUUCUUGUUUGAGCAGUUCAUUAGAAUCUAACUUGCGCCUGUGAGCUGAACAUACAAGUUGAUUGAACAUGCAGGAGAGAAUUGAUGCUUCUUAUAUACUUGGCUGCAUGUAACUUUGUAAGUUAUUUGCCAUGCAACUGGUUGGCAGUUGGCAUUGCCUUGCUACAUUUAAUCAUUUUUGUAGUACUUUGGUUCCCUAAGCAUGCAUCUGAUUAGUGAUCUAA